UCUCUCUCUCUCUCUCUAUACAGACCAUGGUUCUUGUCAGCUGCUCAGAAAUAAACGUGUUGGGGAGUGUUUUGCUGGGUGAAGAUAUAAAGACUGGAACUGAAGCUCUGAGGCAGAGCAGCAGUUUCCUGUCCACUUCUCGACUGAAAAUGAAUCCUGAGUCCAGCAGAACGAUGGAGAUGGCAGCACUCGGCCGGCCUUUCAGCCUCGGGAUGCUGUACGACUGCCGCCAAGAUUCUCUCAUCCCUGCAAUGACUCUGUGGAACCCCGAUGACCUCGGGAAAGAUACGAGAGAACGACCAAAACCUAACAGCCAAUUUGAGAUAGUUGCAUCUGAAUCAAUUGAGGAUAAAUCUUCAGCACUAAAGGUUGAAGCUUCUCUUAAAGCAAGUGUCUUAUGUGGACUGGUUGAGGUGGGGGGAUCGGCCAAAUACCUGAAUGAUCACAAGACAUCCAGAAAUCAAGCCAGAGUAACACUGAAGUAUGAAACUACCACUAAGUUCCAGGAACUUUCCAUGAAACAUCUCGGAAGAGGCAACGUGAAACAUCCGUAUGUUUUUGACAAAGGAAUAGCAACACAUGUAGUCACAGCUAUUCUUUAUGGAGCACAAGCCUUCUUUGUGUUUGAUCGUGAGAUGUCAGAAACAGAAGAUCAUCAGGACGUUCAAGGCAACUUGAAAAUGAUGAUCAAGAAGAUCCCAGGCAUCUCUAUAGAGGGGGAAGGUUCCCUGAACAUGGAAUACAAAGAUAAGGAAAAUGUUGAGAAGUUUUCUUGCAAGUUCCACGGAGACUUUUGUCUUGAAAAGAAUCCUGUGUCCUUUCAUGAUGCCGUGCAGGUCUAUCAAAGCCUGCCAAAACUACUGGGAUCCAAUGGGGAAAAAGCAGUUCCAGUGAAAGUCUGGCUGUUGCCAUUGACAAGUUUAGAUUCUACUGCUGCUAAACUUGUUCGUCAGAUAAGUGUAGGACUAGUUCAGGAAGCACAGACAGUCCUGGAGGACUUCAGUGAGCUGGAAAUGAGAUGCAACGAUGCCAUGAGAACAACAACAGCACAGCAGUUUCCUCAGAUUCGCAAAAAACUUAGAAGUUUUAAAGAAAGGUGCUCUGUGUUCAAACUAGAAUUCCAACGAACUUUAUCAUUGAAACUUUCAUCUAUACGAGGAGGAGGUGAAGAGGAGGCUGUGCUUGCAGAGAUACUGGAGAAGAGACACUCAUCUCCGUUCAACAGCAAAAACCUGACUGAGUGGAUGGACUGUAAAGAGAGAGAAAUCUCCAUUUUAAAGUCUUUCACCAAGAUGAUGAAAAACACAAAGACCAUCUCAUCGCAGAAUGGUCUAGAUGAGGAGAUUCUCAGUGCAGAGCAGGUCCUGUGUUUUGUUUUCACCUCACUGGGAAACGCUGAGUCGUACCUCUCAGCUUUAUCAAAAUACCUAAAGGGAACCACAACACCUGAUGUCCCUCAAGAUCCACAGACCUAUGAUGUAGAGAAGGAGCAGUGGUACCUUUCAAACAAAGUUCCUGAUGAAAUGAGGAAAAAAGCAAAGCUCUUCAGUGAUUUUGCAGAGGCCAACAAGGAGAACAUUAACAUAAAGUUCCUCAUAGCGGGUUUGACAAAUGAGACACAAAAAGGUUCAAGCAUCUACCUUUAUAAAGAAAGCACUUCUCUCAGGGAGAACUUUGAACCACCUUCAAAGCCUGACAGUGUGAAAGCAAGUGACAUAAACCACAACAGUGUGACCCUGAAGAUCUCUCCACCCAGAUCUGGAGCCGAGAACAUCACGUCCUACUCUGUUGAGUACUGUGUCCAUGGAGAGGAUGGAUGGCAACAGAAGACAGCGUCAAAGGAUGGAGACGUCACAGUGAGCGACCUGAGUCCUAACACAGAGUAUGUGUUCAGAUGCAGAGCUGUCACCUCAGUAGGUGUUGGACCAGUCAACGAGGUCAGUGGAACCAUUAGAACUCUGCCCUGCAGCCCUCCUGGAAAACCUCGAGUUGAACCAAACUCAAGUGAGAUAACCGUUAGCUGGCAGAGACCUGCUGAGCUUGGACAAGAUGUCCACGUUCUGAGCUACAUCGUGGAGUACGCCCAAGCAGACAAAGUGGGGAAAGCAGAAGAUCUCCAGUGGAACCAAACAAUGUCAGGAGCUGAAGAGGUGAUCAUAUCAGAGCUUCAGUCAGAGACAGAGUAUGUUGUCAGGGUCACAUGUGACUGUGGUGGAGCUGGCAGAAGCAAGGAAAGCAUCUCUGUGAACGUCUGCACAAAGAAUGUUAAACCUCUCACAGAAUUCCUCACUCGUACGAGCGUAAGAAUAAGUUCUGAGCCCCUGUCAGUUUACAAACUGUCACUGAAUGAAGAGGAUAUUGAUAUACGAGGCUGCCGGAUGUUUAACUUUGGCAAAACAAGCAUGAAGAGAAAUCGCACCAUGAUUCUUUUUGGAGAGUCUGGAUCAGGAAAGUCCACUUUGAUAAAUGGAAUGAUCAACUACAUUGUAGGUGUAGAGUGGGACGACAACUUCAGAUUUAAAUUAAUAGUCAAGGAUCAUUCAAGGUCAGAAGCUGAGAGUCAGACCCCUCAAGUCACUGUGUACAAACUGAACCAUCAGGAGGGGUUUAAAAUCCCCUUCUCUCUGACCAUUGUGGAUAUUCCAGAAGAUAUAGAAGACAUAGAAAAAGACAAGUUGAUCGUAGAGCAGCUUCGUAAUCUCUUCUUUGCUGAGGAGGGAAUCAGUGAAAUCGAUGCUGUGUGUUUCGUAGCUCCAGCUUCUUUAGCACGACUCACACCAACACAGACACACAUGUUUGACUCAGUUCUCUCCAUCUUCGGCAAAGACGUUACAAAAAACAUCCGGAUUCUGGUGACAUUUACAGACAGCCAACUUUCAACAGUUCUGGAGGCGAUCAACGAGGCGGAUGUCCCGUGUCUGAAAACCAAAGAAGGACUACCGGUUCACUUCAAGUUCAAUAACUCAGCGUUGUUUGCCCAAAACAAAUCGUGUGCAGCAGAGAGCGUGAGUGGGGAAGAUGACGAGGGAGACUUCGAGGAGAUGUUUUGGAACAUGGGGAUAAAAAGCAUGAGGAAGUUUUUCACUGCUUUGAAUGAAAUGCAGACAAAAAACUUGACGAAGACAAUUCUUCGAGACAUAUGGAAAAGCCAAUUCUGGGAUCCAUUGCAGAGAACAUAGACUUGCUCAUAGAAGCAAGUAAUGAGAUGUUUCCCCCUAGUGUUCACUGCAAGUGCAUUACACAUGCAACCACAGAGGAUGGUCCUCCAGGUGCUGAACCACAUGUAUGAACCAAUGGGCACACGCUCUGUGUGAUGCAGCUAUCCACAUGUUAGCCCAAUGUGCCGAUUCACAUUUUCAUUUAGAAACGCUAGCUACUUGAUGCACUUAUUGCAAGUCGCUUUGGAUAAAAGCGUCAUCUAAACAAAAUGUAAUGUUAUAUACUAUAACACAGUGCAUACGGUCUGUCAAGAAUCUGAUGUAGAGUUUCAAAUUGUCAACCACUUCCUCUCUUACAUUAAAAUUUGAAUGAAAGUAUCAAUGCACCUGGACAAAGUUGUUCAGAAGUAAAAUGACCUUAAUGAAAUUAAGCUAGCAGGGUAACGUUAGCUAUGUAGAAUCAUUCUUGUUGAGUCAGUAACGUUCUAAAAUAUCACGCUCACUGUUGAUACAGUUCACGUCAACAUUAAGCGUUAGGAUUCCAAACUUAUCCGCUGCUUCCCGGGUUAAACAAAUGUUCCCAUCGUACCUCACGGUCUCAUCAUAGCUAAUCAGCUAAAUAUGUUGUUUAACCUAGAAACUUGGUCGCAGGUUGCUACAGAUUCAAACUGUCUGUUGUCUCUUCAACUAGUGAAACAAAUGAUUCCUCAGAUUCCCUGAGUUUACAGCUUGAUCCCGGAACUCCGACUUUAUUCUGUUGAACCGCAUCUGAACUUCCCACCGCGACAAUGUCAUCUAGGCAAAAUGGCCGCCAUUGUCUGUAUGACAAGAAGUGGAUCAAAAUGAACGAAUAAUAUUCUAAAGUGAAGCCACUGUGAAAGUGCCCGGAAAUCUGAUCUAUAAGGUAUCUUUCUCUUUCCCUGUUCAUCCAGACCAAUCAGCUCGUUGCUCCCUCACUGCUAAACACUCAUCUAAAUCACGACUGUUUCCUGUCCUGGCUCCUAAACACUGGAACCAGCUCCACAUCGACAGAAGAAAGUUUAGAAACCUUCCGCUGCAAACUAAAAACACACUCUUCAGACUUUACUUUCAAUAACAUUUUAAAACUAACAAGGUAGCAGCACUUAAAUGUCACUUACUUAUAGCACUUUGUAGUUUUGCUUUCUUAGAAGAAAUUGUACUUUCUUGAUUCUUGUUGCUUUGGGUUUGUUACAUCAUGGUUGAUGCACUUAUUGUGAAUCUUUGGAUAAAAGCGUCAGCUAAAUGAAAUGUAAUCACUCACACCUGUUAUGAGGAAAUCAGACAUUUUAUUGUCCUGUGAUUGUUGACAUUUAUUACCUGAAGAUUAAUAAAUGUCACGUUGUCACA